GGGCGGGACUGUCAGGUGCUCUGAAAGAAAAGUGUCUGGUCUCAUAAGAUCACGCACACAUACAUUGAACCCCUAGCAAGAAAUCACACCAUGACGUUAGUGCAGCUGCUGUUUAUGACGUCAAUGUGUAUGACGUCACUAUGGGGCGUGGUCCAGACAGUCAACAUACAAUCCUUUAAUGUCGGCCUCACCGGUUAUAUAGCCAAUUAUAAUACACGAUUAGCACGCGUCAUCCAGACACUGAAAACCAGGGAUUAUGACAUCAUGUGUCUUCAAGAGGUAUGGUACGGAAAUGAUGUUGCUAGGAUACGGAAGAAAUUAAACCGAAAAGUGUUUGCCUAUACACCGCGUUUGUAUCAGAAAACGAUGCUAUGGGGUCUGUUAAAUGCUCCUCCAUGCCACGGUUCAGAUGCAGCACUGUCUGUUGCGUGCAUACUUUCAACAUGUACAUCCCUGGCGAGCGAGCGUGCAGCGCUCGUAAACUGUACUGUUCGAUGUGGAAUUAUGUCACUAAGUCAGACCUGUAUUUCUUGCCUCGUCAAUUCCGCUGCGGAAGGCGGGUUACGCUGUUUUGACUACUUGACGCGAGAGGCGAUGAAUGUCCCGGGAGUGAUGCUCCUGAGUAAGAAGAAGGUGAACUCCGUCAAAACAGUCUACUUUGAACUGAACGUGAAACAGAUUUCAAAAAGAGCAUAUAUUGAGGCAGAGAUUGAAGGUGUGGGAACAGUCUUCUGCAGCCAUUCCACCUCCAAUGUGGCUUCCGAUUUCUAUGAACCUAAUCUACGACAGAAGUACUCAAGUUUUGCAGAACAAAAUCUCGCAAAUUCUCGCCAGCUGACGAAUGCAGCCCUCUCGACGAGCAAACCGCUGAUCAUUGGAGACCUUAAUACUGGUCCCGGUGUGCCAGCCUUCAACGUCACUGCCGACUUCGAGGAUUCCUACAACCAUUUCCUGUCAGAGGGAUUCACAUCGCCUUACGUCACUAUGGUGGGACGUUGUACUUUCUGUGUUCAGAAUCCUCUAGUUUCGGACUGGGAACAAAAUAACCUGAUAGAUCACGUACUAGUACGAAAUCGCACAGUUCUCAGUGCAAAGCGAUUAUAUGUCGAAAAUAUUCCUGGAACAGAUUUUCCGAUGUCGGAUCAUUACGGGGUUGAGGUGGAGGUCGAUAACUGAAUACCAGAACGAGGCUGGUUGUCACGGAGACUUUUGAAAUAUCAACAACUUCCUUCCUUAUAACCUCAAACAAACUCUCCAGAAAAUUUGUUUGUGCAGAAACAGUUUUAAAAUAGUUUUACCUGAUUAAUGUGAUAUUCAACACCUCGCACUUAACUUAACCCUUCCACCUCUGUAGACCAUGAUGAACUUAUCCAGUUCAAUGUAUGGUAACGCUUGUUAAAGCUACAUAGGGAUGAAAGGGUUAAAGGUACUAGACAUGUACAAUCCUGCGUCUUCAUACAAUCUAACUUCAGGGCAUAUUUGUGCAAUCCCUUUACCAAUUCGUUAACAAAAUAAUAUAGUACAUUCUAACACGAUUCGUUUGCAACGCGCGUUUUGAUUGGAUACGGACCAUGUUCUAA